UGUCCUUCCAACGGUGCUCUCCUCCUUCCACUUACUCAUUCAUAAAGCCGCUUCUUUCUUCUUCCUUUUCUCCACCAUUUUUUUCCUCUUCUCUUUCGCACAAUCGCCGAAUGGGUUUCUCUUCUUUCACCUUCCUCUCUUUUCUCCUCCUCCUUCCCUUUUCUUCUCCUUCUCCUUCUCCUUCAAAUCUCCCAAUCCUUUCCUUCCAUGAAGCCUAUAAUCACUUGUUCGGCGAUGCCAAUCUCCUCCUUCUCAACCAUGGAAAAUCUGUUCAUCUUCAUUUAGAUGAACGAACAGGGGCUGGAUUUCUCUCUCAGGAUCUCUAUCUUCAUGGAUUCUUUAGUGCUUCCAUUAAAUUGCCUGCUGAUUAUACUGCUGGUGUUGUGGUUGCUUUUUAUAUGUCGAAUGGCGAUAUGUUCGAGAACAACCACGACGAGAUUGAUUUUGAGUUUUUAGGGAACAUCAGAGGUAAAGAAUGGAGGGUUCAGACUAAUAUUUACGGCAAUGGGAGCACGAAUGUUGGCAGAGAAGAAAGAUAUGGUCUCUGGUUUGAUCCAGCUGAAGAUUUCCAUCAGUACAGCAUUCUUUGGACUGAUUCUCGCAUUAUAUUUUAUGUGGAUGAAGUUCCUAUAAGAGAGGUUAAAAGAACAGCUUCAAUGGGUGGUGAGUUUCCAUCCAAACCAAUGACUUUGUAUGCAACAAUUUGGGAUGGAUCAAGCUGGGCUACCAAUGGAGGCAAAUACAAAGUAAACUACAAAUAUGCUCCCUAUAUUGCUGAGUUCUCUGAAUUCGUAUUGCACGGUUGCACAGUUGAUCCGAUUGAACAAGUCUUCCCCAAGUGUGACCUUACACAGAUCUCCGAAGCUUCCAUCCCCAAUAACAUCACAACGGCUAAAAGAACAAAAAUGGAGAGUUUUAGGAGGAAGCACAUGACAUACUCAUACUGCUAUGAUCAUCUUAGAUACAAGAUCCCCCCUGCAGAAUGUGUUCUUGAUCCUCAAGAAGCCAAACGACUCCAAAGGUUCGACCCUGUAACGUUUGGAAGAGGGCGGCGACACCAUGCGAAACAUCGUCACUCUAGCCAGGCAGAGUUUACUUCCGUUUGAUAGGGCUGGGCAGUGUUUCAUUAUUUUGUUUUUUGGGUAAUAAUUCUAGGCAGUUUGAUUUUGGAUGGGUCUGUUCUUUUUUGUGUAUAAAAGAUAGAUAGACAGUUGAAUGAGUAUAAAUUUUAUUUAGGAAUUAGAUGUCUUUCAUGUUGGUUGGUUUUAUGUAUAGUUAACACCAUUGGGAUUAUCAAUUGUUGUUGUUGGUUGUUGGCUUUACAGUUUUGUGAAAUUGAUGAUGAUUAAGAUUUAUGUUCUUUUCAUGUAAGAAAGAAA